AUUAGAUAAGAAGGUAAAGUUUGGAUUCGAAAGAAAAAUAAAAUAAAAAACGCCUUGAACAAAGCUAGCCAUAACAGGGGCUAAAAUUAUCGUUCUUUGUUCAUUCAUGACUUCGUGUAAAACAUUCUAAAAUUUCAUAGAAGAAUGUGAUUUUCUCUGGCCGAAUCUGUCGUCAUAUAUUCUUCCAUAACUGCACUAUAUUUCAAAGUACAAUUGAGGCGUUGAAUUAUCGACACUAAACGCUUACUAUGGGUGCAAAUCAAAGCGAACAGCAAGUUUCGAGGUAUGAUGCCCCUAUCGAGUCGACGACUGGUCCGACGCCUGCAGCUGCGGCAGCGGAAGGAGGCAGCAUACCGUAUACGUUCUACUCUGUAGACAGGAAUGCAGCUCCUGCUCCGAAAGAUAAUAGAGUGCAGGCCUUAGCCAAGCAGCAGCAGGGAAGGUCCACACCCACAAAGGGCUCGCCCCAGAGAAGUCCUAAGGUGGGGUCAGCGGAUCACAAGAUUGUGACGGUGUCGGCGGGGACUCAGGGAGCCGACCAGUCGCUGUCUUUUGAGAUUCAGAAGAUGAGAGACAUCCCGACGUUCAUGCCCAUUCUGAAAGGCACCCAUAGCGUCCCCCAGGUGGAGGAUCCCAACCAGAUGGAGAAAAUGGAUCACAGCAUGCCACGUGCCCCUUUAAGUAUAGUUAAAUUCUUUUCUCCAUGUUUCCUGAAUAUUUGUAGACAGUUGCUCCUGCUGUGUUUGCGAUACCAGCAUCAUCUCCGGCAAUGCUCCGAGGCAGUGACCUUUGACCAGAAUGCUCUGACAGGGAGAAUCAAAGAGGUGGAUGCCAUCAUACACAGUAUAAUGCAAUCCAUGGCUGAGCGGCAGAAGCGAUUCGCCAAGCAUGCCGAACAAAUACAGAAGAUCAACGAAAUGUCAGGAACUCUGAAACGUGUUCAGAUGAGUGUAGAUCAGCUAAUCCCACUCAUGGACCGUCUGAACAGCGUCUUGCCAGAUGCAGAAAGACUGGAGCCUUUUACGAUGCGCCCAUCAGGGCCUAGGACCUGACUCUCCAUUUUGACAAAGUGUUAAAGGGAAUGUGUCAUGACGAGACUAUGUGUCUUUCCCAUGGCCCUACCCGGGGCCAAUCGGGUAUAAUACGACUAUGGACGACGCAAUCGCAGCAU